ACCAAAACAGCAAUUUACGGUGUACAGCCCGCACGCGCCCAGAGACACAGGCGGAGAGAGGAAGAGAGGAAGAGAGGAAGAGAGGAGGGAAAGGACAUCUGAUCGCCGUUGGCUGCCUGGUAGUAUUGCGGAAGAAGAGACCAAAUGAAAUCUUCGACGCUGCAGUCGAACGUCCUUUCUUUCUAUGAUAUAUGCACCUUCGCCGCUGGCAUUGCUGGGAACCUUUUUGCCUUUGUACUCUUCGUGUCGCCAAUACCAACUUUUAGAAGAAUUACUCGGAACCGAUCGACAGAGCAGUUCUCAGGGCUGCCAUAUGUGUACACCCUUUUGAACUGCUUGAUCUGCUUCUGGUAUGGAUUGCCUUGUGUCUCCUAUGGUGUAUUUUUGGUGGCUACAGUCAACUCCAUUGGGGCUAUUUUCCAGCUUCUUUACAUCUCCCUUUUCCUUACAUUUGGGGAUAAUGCUAGAAGGCUUAAAAUAUGCGGAUUGUUGAUUGGAGUUUUUGCAGUUUUUGGUCUGAUAGUUUAUGUUAGUCUUGAGAUGUUCGACCAUCAAAGUCGACAGACCUUCAUUGGAUAUCUCAGUGUUGCAUCCCUAAUUUCCAUGUUUGCUUCCCCCUUAUUCAUUAUAAAUUUGGUGGUUCGGACGAAGAGUGUCGAGUUCAUGCCUUUUCAUCUAUCACUUGCAACAUUCCUGAUGAGCAUCUCGUUCUUUGCUUAUGGAUUGCUACUGAAUGACUUCUUCAUAUAUAUCCCCAAUGGAAUUGGAUCAGUCUUGGGGGUCAUACAACUACUGGUUUAUGCUUACUACAACAAGAGAUCAAGAGAAGAAUCUUCUCCACCAUUGUUGGUCUCAUGAUUAAAGAUCUACAUUGGCAAGUCCAGACUUUCAUUGUAUUCUUUUGUUGAAUUCUUUAAUGACUGGUUUUUGUAUUUUCAGCAUUUGAAAAUGAGAAAAUUUCUAGUUUUCUACAUUUUCUAUGUCAUGAUUAAGAUUUCGUUUGGGACGAUUUUUUUUCUGCUUCUUAAAGCAGCUUUCUAGAAUAAAUUUUUUUAACUUUGUACUAAAAAGCUACUUUAAGAAGCAGAAAGAAAGCCGUCUCAAACGAAGCAUAAGUAUCUCCGUGUGUGUAGUUCCAAUUUAUUGUAAAUUGAUUGUUCUUGCUGGUUUACUUAAAUUGGAGCACGUUAGCAGGACACAAGUUCCUAUUUAAAGCA